CUCUCUCUCUCAAUCAAAAUUCUCCCAAUCAAAGAGCUCUUGCAAUCUUCCUUCUGAUGGUUUCGCCCUUCCGUUUCUCGGGCGGCCGAAUCUUGCCACCCUAUCUUUUUAGAUCUCCAUCGAUGGAUUCCUCAUUCCGUCAUCACAAUCAUCCCUAAAAUUUCCAAAUUCCACCUUCCCCCUAUUCACCAGAUCCCAGGCCCAGGGCCAUUCCUCUCAUUCCCAGGGGGCUGAAAUGUUCAACAAAAUCAUAAAGCGCGGGACACGCAAAACUCCCAAAUCCGACACCGGCGUCCCCGCCGCGGACUACCCAUUCACAUCGUCCCGCAAUUCCGCUCCCGUCACCGUCAACCAUGCCUCGCGAACCACCGUCUCCUCCUCCGUCAAUCAACCCCCAUCGGGCCCCACCACAGCCCCCGACCGGGCUCCGCCGUCCCCUGUAUCGGACGGCAUCGUCGAGAUCCUCCCCCACUUCCGCGACGUGGCCGCCUCCGAUCGCCCGGCUCUCUUCCUCCGCAAGCUCCAGAUCUGCUGCCUCCAAUUCGACUUUUCCGACACGCUGAAAUCCAUCCGCGAGAAGGAGACGAAGCGCCAGACCCUCCUCGAACUCGUCGACUUCGUCCAGUCCGGGCCCGUCGGCAAGCUCUCCGAGUCCGUACAGGAAGAGCUCAUCCGUAUGAUAUCCAUCAACAUCUUCCGCUGCCUCCCGCCCGCCUCCCACGAGAACACCGGCGCCGACGCUGCGGCAGACCCUGAAGAGGACGAUCCCUAUCUCGAACCUUCAUGGCCCCACCUCCAGAUCGUCUACGAGCUGCUCCUGCGCUACGUCGUCUUACCUGAGACCGACAUCAAGAUUGCCAAGCGCUAUAUCGAUCACUCGUUCGUCCUCAAGCUGCUUGAUCUGUUCGAUUCGGAGGACCCACGUGAGCGCGAAUACCUGAAGACUAUCCUCCACCGCAUCUAUGGUAAGUUCAUGGUCCACCGUCCCUUCAUCCGUAAGGUGAUCAACAACAUCUUCUAUCGGUUCAUCUUCGAGACGGAGCGGCAUAGCGGGAUUGGAGAGCUGUUGGAGAUCCUCGGGAGCAUAAUUAAUGGCUUUGCAUUGCCGAUGAAGGAGGAGCACAAGCUGUUUCUGGUGCGCGCCCUGAUCCCAUUACACAAGCCGAAAAUGAUCGGGAUGUAUCACCAGCAGCUGUCGUAUUGCAUCACACAGUUUGUGGAGAAGGACUACAAGCUGGCUGAUACGGUUAUAAGAGGGUUGUUGAAGUAUUGGCCCCUCACCAACUGCCAGAAGGAGGUCCUGUUUCUAGGGGAAUUGGAGGAGGUUCUGGAGGCUACGCAGGCUGCGGAGUUCCAGCGUUGCAUGGUCCCGCUUUUCAGGCAGAUUGGCCGCUGCCUCAACAGCUCUCAUUUCCAGAUUGCGGAGCGGGCCCUCUACCUCUGGAACAAUGAGCACAUCGUAAGCUUGAUCGCCCAGAACCGUAAUGUCAUCUUCCCCAUCAUCUUUGAAGCACUCGAGAAGAACAUGCAGAGCCAUUGGAAUCAAGCGGUUCAUGGGCUGACAGCGAAUGUCCGAAAGAUGUUCCUAGACAUGGACCAUGAGUUAUUCGAGGAGUGUCAGCAGCGGUAUAUAGAGAAAGAGGCGAAGGCCAAAGAGUUGGAGGAGCAACGGGAACUUGCAUGGAAAAGACUGGAAGCCGUGGUUGCGGCCAAGGAUGGGGCAGAGGAGAUGGUUUUGGUCAGUUAGAUAAAUUCUUUGGGUUUUGGAUCUGUCCAAAUUGGAUAUGAUGCAGUGAGUAAUUGUAAUUUAAAAUGUAUCAUUUGGGUUGAUAUGCUGCUGUUCAUGAACGAUUGGUUGUGAAAUUCUUUUUGUUAUUUUGAUUGAGAGAAAGUGCAAUUUCUCUCCCAAGCUUUUA